GGGAAAGAGAUUGGUUUUAACUUAAAUUCUGAAGAAGCGAUGCUUUUUUCUCUGGUACUUCUCUUAUCAUAUUUCUAUAAUGUGAUGCGUUACUCUUUUUGAUGGUGCCCCUAUUUUGAAGGAAAACGAAAAAAACAAAAAAUGUUUAGCUCAUUGAAAGAUGAUAUUGCGAUCAAAUAGUUAUGAGUUCUAACCCCAUAAGCACUAGGACGUUUGGAUCAACUGUUGAAUUCAUAACAAUUGGUAUCAGUAACACGUCACGAGUUCACGGAAGGUGCGACCUAUAGGGUGAAUUAAAAUACAUUAGUAUUACUAUGAUAUUGAAUAUUGGUAGGCGAGUGGAGCCACCAAAGAAAAAGGGUUAUGGUUACGGUUGGGCCAGUGUCGAUAGAGUGGCCUGCCGUAGAUGUCAACUAUGAUUAUGGUGAAAUAUUACGUACCGUUGAUGUCAACUCUGAGCAUGGUGAAAUAUUAUGUUCAAAUAGUUAUGAUUGGGGCUUUUGGAUCAAUGGUUGGCUUCAUAACAGAUGACUUAAUUAUCAACUAUUUUGUGACCCUAAGCAUCUAUUGAUGGUCCUCUCGGUUGUACAUAUGAUUCCACUCGGCGAGGUUUCUUAAUUUUGUUAUGCAGGAAAUUUCUGCUUAUGGAUCACUAGUCAGUCAAACAGUCUGUGGUUUAACCAUCCAACACCUUACCUGGCUAGCCAUGUCCUUUACCACUUUGUCAAUUUUGACAGUUUUCCAAUCUGUAUCAUAAAACUCAGGCUUAAAAUUUAUGCCUUUCUUCAUGCACUGCUUACUCUCCAUUGUUCUAUUUAUUAUACACAAUCCAACAUUAUGAUGAGUAUGCCUGUUUUGUGUUGUAGUCCCUGAAAUUGCAGUUGUUAUUUACUUGGGCCUCCAUAACUUGUGUUGAAUUCACGCCAGCGUAAAUUUCUGGAGAUCAGAGUACUGAUGCUUUUACUUUCUGUUUCAUAAGAAAUAAAACAUCCUCUUUCCAUGAUAUAGUCCAUGAAUGGUUGUUUCAAAUGUCUGCUUCAACUUUGGUGUGAUGGUCCCUCUCUUUUUUUGAAGGGUAAUUUAGAUCACAACCAAAGUUGUGACAAGAAUGUGGAUAAAACAUCAAACAUCGUGACACCUCUUGUGGUCACAUAUGGAAGUGGAACAGGGGGGAGCACAAGGGCUGGGCUUUUUAGAACUCCAAUAUCUGGGGGAGUGCAAAGUGCGACCUCAGCUCAUGGUUUACCAAGACCAGCCUUAGCGGUCAGAAAUCUAAUGGAACAGGCUAGAUUUGCUCAUCUAUGCACUGUGAUGUCUCGGAUGCAACACCGACGAGAAGGAUACCCUUUUGGUACUCUGGUGGAUUUUGCACCAGAUUCAAUGGGACAUCCAUUAUUUUCAUUUUCACCACUGGCUAUACACACGAGAAAUUUGUUGGCUGACCCAAGAUGCACGCUGGUUGUUCAGAUACCUGGAUGGAGUGGCUUAUCAAAUGCAAGGGUGACAAUUUUUGGCGAUGUCUUCCCCCUCCCAGAAGAUCAGCAGGAAUGGGCUCAUAAGCAGUACAUAGCAAAACAUCAACAAGGGCCUUCUCAGCAGUGGGGGAACUUCUACUAUUUUAGGAUGCAGAAUAUAAGUGAUAUAUAUUUCAUUGGGGGCUUUGGUACCGUUGCCUGGGUUGAUGUCAAAGAAUACGAAACCCUUCAACCUGACAAGAUUGCAGUUGAUGGAGGUGAGCAAAAUCUGAAGGAGCUCAAUGCAGUCUUCUCGAAGCCUCUAAAAGAGCUUUUGUCCUUGGAAAUUGAAGUGGAUGAUGCUGCUCUCAUAUCAAUAGAUAGCAAGGGGACUGACAUUCGAGUUCGUCAAGGCGCACAGUUCAACAUACAGAGAAUCUCAUUUGAAGAAGGCCAUUCAGUUGAAACAUUGGAGGAAGCAAAGGCAGCACUUUGGAAAGUGAUAGAGAGAGGCAGAGUAUACAAUCUGCAGAAAUAAAAUUGCAUUUCUCAUACUUUGAGAGACAGCAACACCAGAAACAACACACGUUGAGACUGUAACUUCUGGCAUUGGAGACAUGGCCCUUUUUUCGGCAUUUUCUAAGGUUGUAGGCU